AGACCGCUCGUCUAGCGCCUCGAUACAUACCACAGCUCUCGGUGCGCUCAUUUCCGUCCAGACCAGUCUGACGAAGCCUCCACGAGUCUUAGUACGCCAACGCUCAUCGCUCGCAGCCGAGUCAUCAUGGUGGCCGAAGGACACUGCAACUGCAACAGCAUCAAGGUCUCAAUCCCGGCACUGCCUGUGAAGUCCGGCAUCUGCUACUGCUCCAACUGCAAACGAGCGGGUUCCAGCAUGUGCUCCAUCGUCUUCAUGCUCGACCAUUCGGAAGUCGACAUCCAGGAUCCCAGCGGCGCGUUGAAGAAUUACACGGAUGCAAACACCAAGAGCGGAAAUGCCAUCACGCGGCAGUUCUGCGGCAACUGUGGAAGCCCUGUGGCAUCGCUGGUCCCUGGCUUUCCAAAGAUCAUCCUGAAGGCUGGGUUGUUCGAUCAAUUGCCCGAGCCAGGGCAUUCUGUUUUUGAAGAGGAUAGGCCUGCAUGGAUGAAGGUCGUGAAUGCGGAUGAAGCAGAAAAGUAGCUGUAGGUGAGGAGUUUUGUUCGGUUCAGUCCAUUCUGACCCGAGGUACUUGCACAAAUCACCAUUUGUCAAUUAUGCGCGGGCACAAGUGUGUUUCUUCCAAAGGUUUCAGACGAAGCACCG